AUGCAUCUCGUCUCGAUUCUUUUUGCCGCUUUUCUUCUCGUCGGAGUUUCUGCUAUGGAUUCUACUACAACGAAAACCAUUGCAAAGCUGGAUGACAAAGAAUCUACAAAGAACAUGCCGGAGCCACGACUCACGACAUCAGAAGAGAAAGCAAAGGAUAAACAAACGAUUACAAAGCAGCCGACAACGAAUGACACUACUCCAAGGAACGGCACGAUGAAUGACACAACCGUCUUGCCCAUCACAAGUUCUGAGGGAGAGCUCUGCUCAGGCAGCAACAUCGGAUUCGGUAUCGGUAUUUCACUUGUCAUAAUUGCCAUUGUUAGCAUCGCUGCAGCUUGCUUUGGAUGGAAAUACUACAAGAAGGGCUAUCGCUUCCCAUAUUUCUGGAGAGAACCUGUAGCGGAUGCAAAGCCAGCUAACGAUAAGUCUAUCACUGAGCCAGCAUUUGCCGAAGAGAGCCAAAAAAAUCAAAUGGAAUACGCAAGAAACGUG